UCCUUUUAGGAUCUGAAAUGUCACUUUGGGAUCUUGCUGCAUGAUCAGUAAAAUGCUAGUAAAACCAGUUUUGGACAAUGUGGUUUAAGUUAACUCUGGGAAAUACCCUGAAAAUGCCACACUGUAACGUUCUGGAAAAACUUCAGUACAUCCAUAUCUUCCUCAAACACGUUGAAAGUAAAUCAGUGCCCUCUGUUGGCAAAACAAAUUAUCGCCCAACUCUCCGUGUCCCACUCCCUUCUGCCGAACGCCGCGGAGUGCUUGCGAACCCUCUACGUAAGCCGUAGAGAACUUGGACAGCAGAAAAUACUCAAUUCUGGGCGAAAAAGUAAAUGUGUGGAUAACAGCUAAUCGAACCACAAGAAAAAAGGAAAUAAAUCUUCCACUGAAUUCAUUUUCUCCUGUUGCAGCUAAACACAGCGAUCUCAGAACUUUGCGAUGUGGGACAACUAGAAGGACGUGAAUUGGUUCACUUCACUUUUCUGUUGGCUAUUUUUCUUAUUUUGUCUGAACUCGGAAGACCUGAACCCCGGCAGAGGACGGGAAUCUGUCGGUGACAAUUUGAAGAAAUUUUUUAAAUAAGCAGACUAAACUGGAAAGCUGAUAACUUCGAUGUAUGUGUUUUGAGGGGAAAGUAGUGGCAAAUACAAGAAAAAAAGGAAACACAGAUUUAUGAAACAUUACCGCUCUGCUUUCUCUCUCUGCGUGUUUACAGAAGGCUAACGAACUAUGGCGAAGAAGUACGACUUCCUAUUUAAAUUAUUGUUAAUCGGAGAUAGUGGGGUCGGCAAAACUUGUUUGAUCAUCAGAUUCGCGGAGGAUAACUUCAAUUCCACAUACAUAUCAACAAUUGGAAUCGACUUCAAGGUGAAGACAAUCGAAGUUGAGGGGAAGAAAGUGAAACUGCAAGUCUGGGAUACCGCAGGCCAGGAGAGGUUCAAGACCAUCACUACAGCUUACUACAGAGGGGCUAUGGGCAUCAUCCUGGUUUAUGACAUCACUGACGAGAAGUCCUUUGAGAACAUUCAGAACUGGAUGAAAAGCAUCAAAGAGAAUGCCUCAUCUGGGGUCAGUCGGAUGUUGCUGGGGAACAAAUGUGACAUCGAAGCCAAAAGAAAGGUAUCCAAGGAGACGGGAGAGAAGCUUGCAAAGGAUCAUGGGAUUCGGUUCUUUGAGACAAGUGCAAAGUCCAGCAUUAAUGUGGAGGAGGUAAGUGACUGUUCUUCACGUGAUUCCUGUAGUUUUUCAUAAGUCCUUCAAAGUGUC